GACAAAGUCAGUAUGACCUAAUUGGACUGGGCAUGCGCACUGCGGUCGCUGUUAGCAACGCUGCCAAAUAUUUUCGGAGUCGGCAACAUGUCCUUCUCACCUUGAGUUUCACCUGCGUGCCUCAGGAGCCUAGAAACAUUCAAGUGUGCGAGUUAAGUUCAACACAACCGCGAUCGAGGGAGUGGGGAUCGAACCCGCAACCCCCAGAGAUUUCAGGAGAGAAGACAGGUGGUUUGGAAACACAGCUGCAAUACAUGAACUCCUCGCCAGGGGUGCGGAACACCAUGCGAUGGACAGCAGAACCGCCUGCCGUCACACAACCAGUCACAACCAUGGACCCACGACCUCCGUACGCAGUAGCGAGGCCAAGAUCAGCCCCAAUAAGACCAAGACCAGAAAAAUGGGUCGACCCUUACGUUGACCCCCGCCCUCAGUUCCGUACCACAAGUGCCAUCGUUCAUCGAGCGCGCAGAAAAACGUUUGAUGUCAAACUUCACAACAGACCACUGGAGUCACACUAUAGCAAAUAUGCACCUUUUGCUCCCCGUGCCAUAGACAGAGUAGACAACCCCCACUCCUUCCCCUCCUAUGACCCCAUGAGUGACCCCCACCUCUCUGACUACUUUGCCAGGAAGUUUGGGUAUGACCCUCGACCACCCUCUGCUGUGGCUAGAAAACGUGCAAUGUACGGCACGGGUGCACAGGGCAAACAACGUGCAAUAUACAAGCCUGGCAGCAGACCCAGCAGUGGCAGAACCAAACACAGCAGGAGAGAGAGCGGCAUGAUGUACAAAAUUGUGGUCAGAACCGCAGACAGGAAAAAUGCAGGCACAGAUGCGAGGGUAUUUAUUAAGAUGAAAGGAACCAAAGGAAAGAUUCCCAAGAAAAGGCUUUACAAGAAGUCGGGGUCUGUAAAGGAUAGCAAGACGUCCCACUUCAAGUUUGAGAGGGGGACAAAACACACCUUUAAACUCAGGGCAGCUGACAUAGGAGAGAUAGAAACCGUCACUAUAGAGCAUGAUGGUCUUGAGAGGAAGCAGAGCUGGUUGUUGGAGUCGGUGACGAUCACAAACACGGCCAGUAAGAAGAGCUGGGUCUUCCCCUGUAACAACUGGCUCUCCCUGUUUGAGAGCGACUGUCAGCUCAGCAGAAUACUGUACGCUAAGGGAGGGACCAAGUACGCAAGGACAGAAUAUGAGGUUGUCACGGUAACUGGAGACUGCAGAGGAGGUGGCACAGAUGCAAACGUCUUUGUAACCUUAUAUGGCAAAAAAGGGACCACAGCCAGAAUACCUCUGAAGAACAGACAUAAGAGCAAGACCUUUGAGAGGGGAAGAAGUGACAUCUUUGUCAUCAAGGCCAAGAACGUGGGACCACUGCAGAAAGUCAGAAUUCAGCAUGACAACACUGGGACUGCUCCUGGCUGGUUCCUGGACCGUGUGGUGGUGACGGACAUCAAGAACCCGGCCUGUAAGUACUACUUCCCCUGUGGGCAGUGGCUGGCCAAGGACGAGGGGGACGGACUCAUUGCCAGGGAUCUACUCGGGAGCAAGGACCCAACAGCUGUUAGAAGAAUGAGCAAAUACAAGAUCACCACGUACACUGGGAACAAGAGGGGGGCGGGGACGGACGCCAACGUUUUCGUCACGCUGUUUGGUGAAGCAGGGGAUUCUGGGGAGAGGAGGCUGGACAACUCCAAAAACAACUUUGAAAGGGGAAGGGAUGACACCUUUAUGAUCGAGUGUCCUAACCUGGGUCCAAUGAGAAAGAUCAGGAUCGGACAUGAUAACAAAGGUUCCAGCGCAGGAUGGUUCUUAGACAAGGUUAUAGUGGAUGACGUACAGCUGAGUCGUGUGUAUGAGUUCCCCUGUAACCGCUGGUUUGCUAAAGACGAAGAUGACGGGCAGAUUCAGAGAGAUCUGCUCUUAACUGGACAGAGAGGAGGCUACCCUUACCAAGUCAGAGUAGAGACUGGAGAUGUGCGUAAUGCUGGAACGAGUGCCCGCGUGUUCAUUGAAAUGUGGGGAGUCGACGGGGAAGAGACUAGCGGGAAAAUCUACCUGGACGGGAAGUUCCAGAGAGGGAAGACUGAUGCCCUUGACAUUGAGACUGGGUCCAUAUUGAGUCCACUGUCAAAGAUCGUCAUUGGGCAUGACAACUCUGGCAGUGGACCUGGAUGGUACUGUGAAAAGGUUCAAGUGCACUGCCCCUCUACUGGAUACGAGCAGACGUUCCUGUGUCAGAACUGGCUGGCUCUAGACGAGGGGGACGGACUCAUCGAGAGGGAACUGAAGGAAACCAUCUCCAUGAGACAGACUAAGACUAAAAAGGUUGCGUGGAACAUGACGGUGUGGACGACUGACCAGCGGGGAGCGGGUACGGACGCUAACGUGUACUUCGUGCUGUAUGGAGACAAGGGGAAGUCUGACGACAUCUCCAUCGGCAACAAGACUGAUAACUUUGAGGCAGGACAGGAAGACAAUUUCAAGGUUGAAAUAGAAGAUGUUGGGAAGCCGUAUAAGAUGAGGAUUGGCCAUGAUGACUCUGGAUCAUUUGCAGGAUGGCAUCUGGACAAGGUUGAGAUGGAAAGAGUGGACACAGGUGAGGUGUACCUGUACAAGUGUGGCCGCUGGCUGGACAAGGGGGAGGAUGACGGACAGAUUGUGAGAGAGAUGCCAGCUGAAGGGAAACUCAUCAAGAAGCCUCUGCCAGUUGUCCUAUAUGAUGUGGAAGUGCACACUGGAAAAAAGAGGAAUGCUGGGACAAAUGCCAACGUUUUUGUCUGUCUGUUUGGUGAGCUGGGAGACACGGGAGAGAGGCCCCUGCUCAAGUCUAGCAACAUGGACAAGUUUGAGAAAGGAAAGGUUGAUGAGUUCCAAGUUGAGGCUGUGACUUUGAAGAAGGUGACCAAAGUCAGGAUAGGGCAUGAUGGGACUGGGUCAGGAUCAGGGUGGUAUCUGGACAAGGUGGUCAUCAGGGAACAUGGUAAGAUGAAGUCAGAGACGAUCUUCGCCUGCGACCGCUGGUUGGACAAAGGUGAAGACGAUGGUCUGAUUGUCAGAGAGCUUCUUCCAGAGGGGACACCUCAGCUGCUUGCAACCACGUCCUACCACGUCUCAGUCAAGACUGGGGACGAGCGGAAUGCAGGAACAGACGCUGAUGUCUUCCUCAAGAUAUUUGGUGCAAAAGGCGACACAGGUCUACUCAAACUCUACCAGUCUGACAACACAAGCAACAAGUUUGAGAGAGACAGAACCGACUUGUUCAAACUGGAGGCAGCAGACAUUGGCAAGAUUGAAAGGAUCCGUAUCGGUCACGACGACUCUGGCCCAGGGUCAGGAUGGUUCCUUGACAAAGUUGACAUCGAUGUUCCGUCACGCGGCGAGCGCUACGUGUUCUCCUGCCACCGCUGGUUGGCGUCUGACGAGGGUGAUGAGAAGACGGAGGUUGAGUUGUACCCAACAGAGCUCAUAAAAGGGGACGUCCGUAUUCCAUAUGAGGUAGACAUCUACACAGGUGACAUCAGAGGGGCGGGGACAGAUGCAAAUGUCUUCCUGCAGAUCUAUGGAACAAAGGGGAAGACAGAAGAGGUUCAGCUCAGGAAUAGGACAGACAACUUUGAACGUGAGGCAGUUGACAAGUUUAAGAUUGAACAGAAGGAUGUUGGACCCAUCACAAAGAUUAGGAUUGGUCACGACGGCACUAGCUUUGGGGCUGGCUGGUUCCUCAACAAGGUUGUCAUUCAAAGAUAUCCAACAGCAGAAGAACUAAAGGAGAAAAGAAAAGCCAAGAAGAAGGGACUAAAGCGACAAAAAUCUGCCUCGCCAUCCCGGAGAAAACCAUCUCUCUCCCCCUCGCGCAAGAAAAAGUCUACAAAAUAUUCCAGCUUUUCUGACUCCGAGAGUGAAGACGAAAAAUCCUCCAAGAAAAAGAAGUCUGCAAAAGGCAAGAAAAAGUCCAAGAAGUAUUCCAGCUUCUCUGAGUCUGAUUCAGAAAGUGAGGAUGAAAAACCCUCCAAGAAGAAGAAAUCUCUCAAGGACAAAAGGAAAUCCAAGAAAGACAGCUCUUCCUCUGAGAGUUCUUCUGAAGAUGAAAAGAAGAAGAAAGACAAGAAGAAAGAUAAGAAGAAGAAGAAAAAAUCCAAGAAAGACAGCAGUAGCUCAAGUAGUGACUCAGAGAAAGAGGAGGAUUGGAAGAAGAGCAAUGCAGAAGUGUAUCUAUUUGUGGCUAAUAGAUGGUUUGCUAAAGACGAGGAUGACAAACAGAUAGUGCGAGAGUUGGUACCCACGGAUGAGUCAGGAAAACCACUGGAAGGAAACAUCCUUGAAGAAAAUGAGUAUGUGGUGAGAGUGUACACCGGUGAUAAGUUUGGAGCGGGGACAGACGCAAACGUUUUCCUGUCCGUUCACGGUGAGAACGGAGACACAGGAGAGCGUGAACUCAAGGACUCCGAAACCAACAUGAAUAAAUGGGAACGUGGAAAUGUUGACAAGUUCACCAUGUCAGCCAUCAACCUGGGGGAGGUGAAGAAGGUCAAAGUUCGGCAUGACAACAAGGGUGGGGGGGCAGCCUGGUUCCUGGACAGAGUAGAAGUGGAAGAUGUAAAGGCCAAGAAAAAGUACUACUUUCCAUGCCAGCGCUGGUUGGCUACAGAUGAGGAUGAUGGACAGAUCGCGCGGGAGCUGGUUCCUGUGGACAAAGCUCUGUUUGACAAGACUAGGUCCCUGAAGAAGGGGAAAUCUACGACAAGUCUGAGGGAUGAACUGGGGCUGGAAAUGAUGGCCCAGACAACGACGUACCAUGUGAAUGUGAAGACAGGAGAUGUGAGAGGAGCUGGCACCGAUGCCAAUGUGUACAUCAUACUGUAUGGGGAGAAUGAUGACACAGGUAUCAUGCAGCUUAAAACAUCCAAGAACAACUCCAACAAGUUUGAGAGGAACCAGCUGGAUGAGUUUACACUGGAAGCUGUGGACAUCGGAGACCUGAAGAAAAUCAAGAUUUGGCAUGACAACAAGGGUGGCUUUGCUGGCUGGUUUUUAGAGAGUGUUGAAAUCAACGCCCCCUCCCUGGGACAGAAGUGGUACUUCCCGUGCGGACGCUGGCUCGACAAGGGGCAAGACGAUGGGAAACUUGAGCGAGAACUCUUCCCUGCCAACACUGCGACCGAGGAAUACAACCCCUAUGUCCCAUAUGAGAUCAUCACCUACACCAGCGAUGUUUCGGGUGCGGGAACGGAUGCAGACGUUUACAUCGUACUGUUUGGAAGGGACACACAAACUGAACAGAAAAGUCUCUGUGCAAACAAGAAGGAAAGGAAGGAAAAGUUUGAGAAAGCCCAGAAGGACAUCUUUAUUGUUGAGAUGGAGGAUGUUGGAGACCCCAUUGAGAAGAUCAGAAUAGGGCAUGAUGGGAAAGGCUGGGGAGCAGGCUGGCAUCUGGAGAAGGUGGAGGUUCGCAGACUGACAGAUGACAAGAAGGGUUCAAUCACGUAUACCUUCCCAUGUAAGCGGUGGCUAGCCCGAGGUGAGGAUGAUGGAGAAAUUGUACGGGAACUCCUGCCAGAUAAGAUCAUGGAGGAGAAAACCAGGAAAGACGGGAGCAUGAAGAAAAAGGAAAUCAAACACGAUGCCUUAGAAAUGAAACAGUACCAAGUGUUGGUGUACACGGGUGAUGUGAAGGGAGGGGGAACUGAUGCUAACGUCUUCAUAAACAUCUUUGGAGAAAAUGGUGACACGGGAGAGAGAAAACUCAACAAGUCAGAGACUCAUAUGGACAAGUUUGAACGUGGACAGGUAGACAAGUUCCAGCUAGAAGCAGUUGACCUUGGGAAGGUUUUCAAGGUCAAGAUCCGCCAUGACAACGCCAUGUUGAACCCUGCGUGGUUCCUGGACAAGGUCGAGGUUGUUGACCUGGCUGACCAGGAGACUUUCGUGUUCCACUGUGAGCGCUGGCUGGGCAAGAACAAGGAUGAUGGGAAACUGGAGAGGUCACUCUAUGUCAAGGGCUAUGAGGGUGACACAUCCAGCACAUCGUCUCGCAGGAGCUCCUUUGGUGGCAGCCAGCUGUCGCUGAAAAGUACCAGCCCAAGUCUGAAGAGGAAGAACUCCAGAGGGUCCCUUAUGGAUGAGACAAUACCAGAGGGACCUUUGAUUCCCUACAAUGUGAAGGUAGUGACAGGAGGUGGAGAUGACAACGGGACCAACGCCAACCCUUACAUCAUUAUCAUGGGACCCAAGAAGAAGACAACAGGCAGGAUUCCUCUGGAUCUGGAGGACAAGAGCAAGUUUGAUCCCGCAUCUGUGGAGACCUUUGCAAUAGAAGGGGUGGAUGUUGGAGAUGUCAAGAGGAUAGAGUUUGGCCAUGAUGGUGUGCUGCCAGGCCAGGGGUGGUUUGUCAAGGAGGUGGAGUUAGACGUGCCCACCGCUGGAAAGCACUACUACUUUCCCUGCAAGAGGUGGCUGGCUAAGGACAAAGAGGACGGACUGAUCUCCCGUGUUCUCACACUACAGGAUGCAGAGAGCACCAUGCUCAGCUACACUCCCAUGGUGCCGUAUGAGGUAACAGUGUACACGGGUGAUAUAAGCAGUGGUGGCACCGACGGGAAAAUCACCAUGACUGUGUUUGGCUCUGGUGGCACCACUCAGGAGAUACCACUUGAGAAAGGGGAGGACAGAUUUGAGAGGGGAAAGGUCGACAUCCUUCGGAUGGAGUUAGAUGACGUUGGUGAGUUGAAGAAGAUUCGAGUCAGCCACAAUGGGAAGGGCAGUAGGCCUGACUGGUACUUAGAAAAGAUUACUUUAAGGAACCAAGACUCUGGGGAACUCUCAGUGUUCAUCUUAGAUGACUGGAUCUCCAAGAAUAAAGGAGAUGGCCAGCUGACCAAGGACAUCCCUGCUAGUGUUGGUGGCAAAGCAACUAUCAAGAGUCUUUAAGUUCCCUGAUAUGUUGAGUCUUGGAGACCUGCACAAGUGUAGGGUGUGGCAUGACAGUAAAGGGUUUGGAGCAGGUUGGCACCUGGAAUACAUUGAAGUUCAAGACCAGAAGACGGACAAGUCGUUCAUGUUCCCGUGUGGCCGCUGGUUGGCAAAGGAUGAGGACGACAAACAGAUCAUGAGAGAGCUGGUCUGCACCACCCCGGACACUCCCAAGUCUGACAAGGAGAAAAUAGCUUACAACAUCAAGGUGGUGACAAGUGACAGGAAAGAAGCAGGGACUACCAACGAUGCUUUCCUCAUCCUGGAAGGAGACUUGCGCAAGUCUAAGGAGUUUUCCAUGGACAAUACUGCCAAGGGGAAAUAUUUCAAACAGGGUCGAACAGAUGAGUUCAAGUUCACGACCCGGAAUGUUGGAACGCUGAAGGGCAUGACCUUGGGGCACAGGAAGGCAGGGUCAAAGGACAAGCAUCAGUGGCAUGUGUCAGAGGUCAUUGUGGAGAACACCUCAACCAGUGAUAAGUAUAUAUUUGGGUGCAACCACUGGAUCCCGGCGGGAGAGGAGAGACACCUCAAAUUGACAGACACAGAGGAAAGCAGACAGACUGCAAUCAAAAAUUUAGCUCCAGUUCAGUAUGAGGUUGUCACGGUCACUAGCGAUGAGAAGGGAGCGGGUACAGACGCCAACGUCACCAUCAUUCUGUACGGCGUAAACGGAGACACUGGAAAACGACAGCUCAAGCAGAAGUUCCGCGAUCUCUUUGAGCGCGGGCAGACUGACCGGUUUCAGUUUGAAGCACUGGACCUCGGAGAGCUCACGAAGGUGCGCAUCGAGCACGACAACAAGGGGUUUGGUGCGGAUUGGAUGUUGGACAGGGUCGAGAUCACAAAUCUCGCCACCAAUCAACAAUGGACCUUCCCUUGUGGGCAGUGGCUAAGUACUAAGAAAGGAGACGGCCAGUUGUACAAAGACUUGCUGCCUAGGUCUUAGACAGAUUGUUUUCAAGACACAUCUUAAGACUUAAGGUGGUGUGGAUUUGUUUUCUGGUGAGGAUAAAAAUUACAGUUACACUCCGUAUGUUUCAAUACCUCCUAACUUUAUCAUAGGGGCAUUGGGACAUAGGGGUAUAAAAACAUACUGAGGUGUAUAUAGGACUGUUCCAAGAAUGACAGAUUCUUGUUUAUUUCACAGCUCAACAUUAAUGUCUACAAAUUCAAAGCUUUAUUUGUACAGUUUUCUAAAGGUAAAGAGCCACAUAUAUUCCUUGCUAUGGUGUUACUCAAUUGUUGUCCUGCUGACAUGUGCUUUGAUAAUAUAUGAUGCCCAUAGUUGCGAGAGGGCUGCCAGGGCUGAAGCUUUGCAAAAGAACUAGUCUACAUUGUAGAUGGUCUGACAAUGUAUGUUAGAUGCUCUGCAUAUAUGUUAAUCAUAUUGCAAUACAAUGUACUUUUGAUAUGAUGUAUGAAUAUACUUUUUUUAAAGUAAUUUUAUGCUUAUGAGAUUUUUGCAGUGUAAGAGAUUGAUAAACAAUUAUGACAUUAUUAUAAUUGAGAAAUUUAUAUAUCAUCAAAUGAUUUAAUUCUUAUCCUGCCAACUGGCAAAGCCACAAAUAUUAUUGCCACAAAAUUGCACAGUGCAGCUACAUGUACACAUGUACAUGGCUCGAAAUUUUUGCUACACUUCAGGAGUGCAGGCCUUUAUUUGUAAAUAUCCGCAAGCAACAUCAUAUAUAUAUAUAUAUAUAUAACGUAAUCAUCAGGAAGUGCAAUGAUACAUGUAACUACGAAUCAUAUGUGCUCGUCUUUCAGUGAGGUUGCAGUAAUGACUGUGUAGAGAAUUGUAGAGAAAUAUCAUAGUAUACUGUGUACCAGCAUUCACUCAAACCUGCCCAAGAAGAUCACUUAUAGGGACCAAUAAAACCUGGUCUAUGUCGACAGAUGGCCACUAUAGACAGGAUUCUUAAUGCUAAUGUAGAGGUGGUCACUUGUACAGGUUUGACUGUAUGCCCAAAUCUUGAAGGUUAUCAGCCACAAUGAAAAUGUAUCCCCAACAAACUUGUCUACUUGGAAAGUUGCAUCUAUUUACUGAUUGCAUGUAAUAUAAUUGUGUGUGGUAUUGUGUAGUGCCUUAGUGAGUCAAAGUCAGUUUAUCUGUGGCAGGCAGCUAUAAGUACAUGUAUGAUAUUUUGUAAGAAGGUACAUUGUAAUUUGUGAUACGUACACACUGUGGACCAAACUUCACGUUAUCAAAGACUUUUUGUCUACACUACAAUUAGUGCAGUAACUGUUCAGAAUCUCUGAUUACAUUGAUGGAAAACAAGUGCAAAUGAACAAAACAAAGAUAUCUACUUGGAAGUAAGACAAGUUCAUAUGAUAAAAAGACUAUACAAGAUUGCAUGUAUGUUAAAAAUAGUGUCAUGAUUUUUGUGAAUGAUAAAAAGUAUACUUGAGUGCUUUGAGGAUUGCAUGAUCAAGCUCUGUACAUUUUACUGUUAAAAGCUUAACAGCAAAUGUGGUGGCAUGGCAGCUAUUGGUAUUUCAAUCUUGUUAUAUUAAGACUGUUUAGGUCAUCUUUGGGAUGCAUGUAGUGAUAAUGCAAUGUAGAUGACAUCUAGUGUCACUCAGAUAAGCUGUAAAUGUAUUGUGUAGUACAGUCACAUAGUUGUAAAAUUAUUUGCCUUGAUGAAAACGUUGUACUAUGGUGUGUAUAUAUACCUUGUUCUUGCUGCAAAUUAUUUCAUGUUGUAGCAUCUUACUGAAAUAUACAUGAACUCAGAUUUUGAAUAUUUUUGGAAUUGGUUGGAUGAAAUAAUUCAACUAUAUACAUUUAUCAAUAAAUGAUUAUUGUGUACUUGC